UGCUUUUUUAUAAAUGUAUCUAUGAGUAUUAUUAAAAUUAGCAAACUUGCUAUCUUUGUGUAUAAUUUUAUCGCGUCUACGUUGAUUUUGCAUAAAGUGUUCUGUGAUUUUAAAAUGUUCGCUCUUUUUCUAGCAAAAGUUUAACAAUAGUUGCUUAUUUGUAUUAUUGGCCGUGGUAAAUUAAUAGUGUAUUUUGAGAACAGUGUAAUACAAAUAUAAGUUCUAUAAAGUGUGUUAAUGAAAUGUUGUGAUAGUGUGCGAAAUGGCGGGAAGGACGUAAAUAUCGAGAACUGGAGCAGAAUUUAUCACCUCUAGCAGAGGCAAAAGGAUGUUGCUCUACAAAGGAUACACUUACGCCAAGAACAGUUCCAACAGGAAUGGAACAUUAUGGUACUGUUCAUCUCGACGCUCGAAAAAGUGCCCGGCGCAAGUGUUUUCAUCCAACGAUGAAACUGUGACUGCUAUGCAACCCGAUCAUUGUCACGUUCCACCCAACAUUUUUGAGGAAUGUUCAUCAACUCGCGAAGAAAAGGUAACACAGUACUGUUGUACAAGAAAUACAUUUACUCCAAGCACAGGGCUGGUAAGAAGGGAGAAAGGUGGACGUGCUCCUCUAAAUGGUCUAAAAAGUGCCCAGCUCAAGUCCUCUUGGCUCAAGAUGGCUCUAUUACUGACGUUCAAAUCGUGCACACUCAUCCACCACCUACAGUUAAUAUGGAUGUAACUGGAAAGUUUAUUAAACGAUUCUGAUGUUA